GAAGUGCGUAUUUCCUCUCCUCCCCUUUACCUCCGUUCAUCUUCUCUUUCCGAUGACAGGCUGAACUCAGUGGAAACAGCAGGAUGAGUGUGUACCUGUGUGUUUAUGCCGUACUCCAUCAGAGAGCCUCAUUCAACAUGCUAUAACAUCAGGCAAACUAGCUCUACAAGAGAGAAAGACACAGAAAGAGAGUUUGCAGAAUAAAAUGACCACCAGGCGGUGAGAAAUGAGUGUGUGUUGACAUUCUUCAUGAGGGCUGAGAGAUGACCAUGAACGGCCGCUGGUCCUUCAACACCCUGGCCGUCAUCUUUAUCCUGCUGUCCACUGCAGCUCUCUCUGCGCACUUCAGGGUGUGUGAGCCUUACUCCGACCACAAGGGGCGCUAUCACUUUGGUUUCCACUGCCCUCGACUCUCAGACAACAAGACCUACAUAUUCUGCUGUCACCAUAACAACACGGCCUUCAAGUACUGCUGCAACGAAACUGAAUUUCAGAGCGUGAUGCAGCUCAACAUCACCACCAACUCAGACGGCUUUGCCCACAAUAACUACACUGCUCUCAUCGGCGUGUGGAUUUACGGCUUUUUCGUCAUGGUCCUCCUGGCUUUGGACUUCCUGUACUAUUCGGCUAUGAACUACGAGUUGUGCCGGGUCUACCUGGAGAAAUGGGGGCUUGGAGGUCGGUGGCUCAAAAAGGCCAGGAUUCAAUGGCACAGCGCGGCUCAGGAGGGCGAACACAACAUGGGAUCAGGCCUGAGUCAGCAACAUGCACAGCACAGUUUGAGAGGAGAAGCACAGAGCCCUACGCUCUUGACCUUCCAGACCUCAACAGCCUGAUAUCCAAUCAAGGAUUUACUUAGUAUGACAAAGGAGGAACUGCCAGGAAAUGGAGAUUUAAAUUCAGAGACUCUUUUCCUGGUCACAUCUACAUUAAGGACAUGGACUGUGCUGGCUACCUCCUGCAGCUCUGCUGGAUGACAUUUUCUCCACAUGAGACUGACAGCUGCAAAUGAGUUUCUCUGCCCAAUCAGAGGAGGCUUGUUCAGCUGGAUCUACUAUUGGACAGCUGUUGAAGGACUUUAAUGAGACUGUUGUCUGGGAUGCCUAAUACCUUGCCUUGUCAUUUCAGAAGUUAGGACUUAGACACAGGGAAUAGGACUUUGAGGAAAAGACAGAGAAGAGGUCGUUGUGUCCAUAAAUCUUUACAGUAUACAGUUCUAUGAAUUUUUUUUUGCCCCCUUCCAGUUUUUUUUUAUUUUUUGCAUAUGUCACACUUGAAUGAUUCAGAUCAUCAAACUAAUUUAAAUAUUACACAAAGAUAACUUGAGUAAAUACAAAAUGCAGUUUUGAAAUAAUUAUUUAAUUAAGUCUGCACUCAUCUGUUCUUGAAUUCCUUUCGAUCGCUGCCUGAUGUGUUGCUAUUUAAGCAUGCUUCAAUUUGUCAGGUUCUGUUUAAGUGAUUUCUUGAUUAGGCAGGUUUGUCAGUAAUCAGGUCUGGGUGCUAAUGAAAUUUUACUUUUUAAAAUAAUGUGAUUAAAUGACAGUUCUUUCAUGAUUUAAAAAGGGGGCAAUUAAUUUUUCACGUAGUGCCAGGUAGGUUUAGACAGCUUUUUUCCCUUAAUAAAUGAAAUUAACAUUUAAAAACUGCAUUUUGUAUUAUCUUGCAUUAUCUUUGUGUAAUAUUAAAAUGUAUUUAAUGAUCUGAAUAUUUUAAGUGAGAGUGCCCUUUUCACGGCACUGUAUGUCAUGUUUACACUGCUCUGAAGCCAUUGGUUGGCUUUUCUCGAAGUAGCAAAAAAGACUAUUUUGAUUUCAGUUUGUCCCAAUAGAAUCAAACACAUCAGUUUAAACUGCAGUUAAUAUAAAAUGUCUUCUUUCAUACAGUAUUUCAAGGUGAGGUCACAGUUACUGUUGUUCUGCAAAUUUUGGCGGGUGAAAUCCAGACAUUUUAGGGUGAAAUAUCAUGAGGGAGAAAAGUUUUCCAAUGGAGAUUUGGUUUGGAUGCAUAUACUGUAAAUAUAAACUAUUAUAGACAAUGGACCUUUGUUGUCCACAAAAUUUUGCCGAAAAUUUGCUAAUAGAUCCAAACCUUCAGACUGCUUCGGAUUAAACGUGAUUUGGAAUUUUCUAAUUCUGUUUUCCAAGAAGUGACAUCACCAGUUUCAAAUAUUUUGUAAGAUUUCAGGUAUAAUAAAAAAGAAUGUUAUUUUAUUGACCGUAAGAACCUGAAACUUGACUUCAUGGAGUGUAAAGCUGGAUAGUCAGAUGCCUGUGGGUCACUUCAUUGUAGAAAUACAGCAGCAUCAUUUUUUAUCCCAAUUGAACUUGUGCACUGAGUCGAAACCAACUAGACAUAGGUAAAAGUAGCCACUGUUAGGCUGUGAGUAUUCACCUGCAAUAACACACAGCGUUGUGCUGAGUUGUGUUGUGUAUAGAUGAGAACUUGUUGUGAUCUUGUUUAUCUAUUUAAGGUGAAACUAAUAGUUUUCCCCUCGUGGAGGGAAGAGAGAUGUGUUAUGUUUUGGAUUAAUAAGUUAUAAUGUUUAUAAAUUGCCUUACGGUAAAUCUGUAGUACAUGCCUAGCACCUUGUUCUGUGAUAGUGGUUGGUACCUCAGUUGAAGUGUGAUAUGGCCAUCCACCUGUUAAAUUUCUCUGUUUUUAUUAUGGGGUUCGUGGGUGGGAUGGGGGGCAGCAGAGUUGUAAUUGCACUUGUUAACUUUUUACUGUUACAAUCUGGGAGAAAUAAAGAUUUAUCUUUUGCAGUG